CUCAACAUAAUUUGUCAUACAGUCAAGAAAAGUUCCAAAGACAACUUCGAACCAAUCUUAAAAAUGCAGAAAUAUUUCGUAAUAUUUACGGCUGCUCUGGCCCUUGUUGCCGCCGAAUCCCUACUAGUAGAAGACGAAGAAGGAAGACAGUUCUACCUCGCUCCGGUGGCGAGCCGCGAGAGAAGACAAGCUGAUGGACCAAAACUUUUCGGCCAAGGCGGUGGCAACGGACAAUCCCAAGGUGGGUUCGUCAAACUUCAGAACCCUAACGGUUCUGGAGGUAGCCUUGGUUACGGACACGCCAAUGGUUUCGGACACGUAGUCAGUGCGGAUGCCAUGGUGCCAGUUUGGUCCAAGAAGAGCAGAUUCGGAGAAUCUACCUUCAAUGUUGGAGGCGGCGCCACUCAAAAGUUCGGCGGCUACGGAGGAAAUAUGAAUUUGGAUAAAAGAGUAGGAGUCAAUUUCAAUCACAGAUGGUAGAUCGUCGCCUUUUAAAAUAAUAUGUAAUUUAUUUAUUUGACACGAAAGUAAUACACGCAAUAAGAAU